GAUCCACUAUCGGGAAUAUUUGUCACGUCACCAAUGGCGUCUUCUUUUGUACAUAAGAUACGAAGCUCCGGCUUGAUUCCACCAUCAUCGAGUUCCUCUGAAGUUCUGAUAUCUCCGGGUCCUUUCCUGAGGGGUCGGUGCUCGUCGGUAUAAGGAGAAGAGCAAGAGUAUGGGGAAGUUCAGAUGUUCUGUCCAUUGGAAGUGCUUGUGUGGGCUGCUGCUGGUCUUUGUUGGAAUCGUUGGUUCUCAGUCCAUUGUCGAGUGCCUUCCUGGGUACCCCGGGAAGCUCCCCUUCAAGCUCGAAACCGGGUACGUAACCGUCGAUAAUUCCGAGCUGUUCUAUUAUUUCAUUGAGUCAUCAGGGAAUCCCAAGGAGGACCCUAUCUUCUUGUGGCUUACCGGAGGCCCUGGUUGUUCUUCCUUUAGUGGACUUGUCUACGAACUCGGUCCAAUGGAGUUUGAUAUCGAAAACUAUGUCGGAGGAUUACCAAAGCUGCAACCUUACGAAUAUGCAUGGACAAAGACAGCCAGCAUCAUAUUUCUUGAUUCACCAGUCGGUACUGGCUUUUCCUAUUCGACUACUGCUGAAGGUUGGUACUCUUCAGACUCAAAAUCGGCAUCCCAAGCAUAUCAGUUCCUGAGGAAGUGGAUGAUAGCGCACCCUCAAUACCUCGCAUUACAGCUAUUCAUUGGCGGAGAUUCUUAUUCAGGAAUUAUCGUUCCACAGGUCACCAAAUAUGUUGUGGAUGGUAACAAAGAUGGAGCGGAUCCACCUUUCAAUCUCAAGGGGUAUCUCAUCGGAAGUCCAGCAACAGACUCAGUUAUCGAUGAAAACUCCAAGAUUGUCUUUUCCCACCGAAUGGCGCUUAUUUCUGAUGAACUUUACGAGGCAGCCAAAACAAGUUGCAAUGAAACCUAUGUGAAUGUCGACCCAUCGAACACUAAGUGCACAGCUACUCUUGCAGCCAUCAAAAAGUGCAUCCAGGAUAUAAAUACAAAGGACAUCUUGGAACCCAAGUGCGCAUCUGCAUCCCCAAUGUAUAAUCCCAACGAGAACCAUCGAUCAGUGCUUGAGAAGCCCGCGGAGUUCAUUCUUUCACCUCCUAGAAUUCCUGGCUUGUGGUGUCGGAACUUUAAUUACGCUAUGUCCGAUUGGUGGUCGAAUGAUAUUCAAGUUCAGAAAGCUCUGAAUGUCCGACCGGGUACUGUACUGCAAUGGCAGAGGUGUAACAACAGCUUAGCAUACACAAAAGAUAUCCCAAGCGUCGUUUAUGUUCACAAGGAACUUAGUACACUUGGUUUGGAAGUGUUGGUUGAGUGCGGGGACCGUGACCUGGUUGUUCCAUAUGUUGGUACUGUAAAUUGGAUAACGUCUCUGAACUUGACUGUCGUUAAUGACUGGAGGCCGUGGUUUAUCGAUGGGCAAGUUGCAGGAUAUACGAAGAAGUACUCGGAACAUGGAUUUUGUUUAACGUACACGACUAUCAAGGGCGCAGGGCAUACUGCGCCGGAGUACAAGCGAAGAGAAUGUUAUGAAAUGUUCGGCAGAUGGAUCCACUACUAUCCUAUAUAAGAUCGAUACCUUUGUCUUCCGAUCCCGAACAUGCCCUGCGACUUCAUAAGUUCUCAUGUUCUCCCCUGAUUGAUUGUGAUGAUGAUGAUGAUGAGGUUCACGAAUGUAAAAUAAAAUGUUGGCAAUGUUUUCCAGUAUGUAAGAAAUGUUAGAAAGGAUAAAUUAUUCGCAGUAUAACGUGAAUAUGGUUGAAUCAUGUUCUUUUCUCAGUCAGGAUCGAUGGACUGUAUAUUUUGCUCUUGGGAAAAUGAUUCGUUCCGUGUUUCA